GCGGGAGGACAUCGAGGUUUCCGUGGCUGCCUUUCGCCUCGCGCCGCUCCCUCCCGUCAUCCGCGCGGUCGAGCCGGCGUAAAAAGACAAAAAAAGUCCGGUUCCUCCGUCGGUCAGGGAGAGCCGCCCGCGGCGGAGAAGAAGCGAGGGGAGGGGAAAAUGGCAGCGGACAAGGCCGCAGAUCAAGGAACAGAGAAACAUGAAGGAACGGGUUCCUCCUCAGGGAUUACAGAUCAAGAAAAAGAGUUAUCAAGUAAUGCCCUGCAAGCUUUCACAGCUGGAAAUUAUGAUACUUGUCUGCAUCACCUUGCCUGCCUGCAAGAUAUAAACAAAGAUGACUACAAAAUUAUUUUGAAUAUUGCUAUAGCAGAAUUCUGUAAAAGUGACCAAACAACCACAGAUAAUUUGAGACAAACACUUAAUCAACUGAAGAAUCAGGUACACUCAGCUGUUGAAGAAAUGGACGGCUUAGAUGAUGUUGAAAAUAGCAUGUUGUAUUACAAUCAAGCUGUUAUUCUUUAUCACCUGCGCCAGUAUACUGAAGCUAUAUCCAUUGGAGAGAAACUUUACCAGUUCAUAGAACCUUUUGAAGAGAAAUUUGCCCAGGCUGUGUGCUUCUUGCUUGUAGACUUGUACAUACUAACUUACCAAGCUGAGAAAGCUUUGCAUCUUCUUGCUGUUCUGGAAAAAAUGAUUUCACAGGGCAGUAAUAACAAAAAUGGAAAAAAUAAUGAGACAGGUAAUAACACCAGCAAAGAUGGGUCCAACCAUAAAGCUGAAAGUGGAGCCCUAAUAGAAGCUGCAAAAUCCAAGAUACAUCAGUAUAAAGUGAGAGCCUAUAUCCAAAUGAAGUCUCUGAAAGCAUGUAAAAGGGAAAUCAAAUCUGUGAUGAAUACAGCUGGAAAUUCUGCUCCCUCUCUAUUUCUUAAAAGCAAUUUUGAAUAUUUAAGGGGCAAUUAUCGAAAAGCUGUCAAACUGUUAAAUAGUUCCAACAUUGCUGAACAUCCGGGGUUCAUGAAAACAGGAGAAUGCUUAAGAUGCAUGUUUUGGAAUAAUCUUGGCUGUAUCCAUUUUGCCAUGGGAAAGCACAAUCUCGGAAUUUUCUACUUUAAAAAAGCUCUCCAGGAAAAUGAUAAUGCAUGCACUCAGCUAGGUGCAGGUAGCACAGAUCCAGGCAAGAAGUUUUCCGGAAGGCCUAUGUGUACGCUGCUGACUAAUAAGCGGUAUGAGUUGCUGUACAAUUGCGGGAUUCAGCUUCUGCACAUUGGUAGGCCAUUAGCCGCUUUCGAAUGCUUGAUAGAAGCUGUUCAGGUUUAUCAUUCAAAUCCACGGCUCUGGCUGAGACUAGCAGAGUGCUGCAUUGCUGCCAAUAAGGGGACACCAGAACAAGAAACUAAAGGUCUUCCAACCAAAAAAGGAAUUGUACAGUCCAUUGUGGGUCAAGGCUAUCACCGUAAAAUAGUUCUGGCAUCACAGUCCAUACAGAAUGCUGUAUAUAACGAUGGACAGUCCUCAGCUAUUCCUGUGGCUAGUAUGGAGUUUGCAGCCAUUUGUCUCAGAAAUGCUUUGCUCCUCUUGCCUGAAGACCAACAAGAUCCAAAGCAGGAAAAUGGGUCUAAAACCAGUAACCAGUUGGGUGGAAAUACUGAGAGCACUGAAAGUAGUGAAACAUGCAGCAGUAAAAGUCAUGAUGGAGAUAAAUUCAUUCCAGCACCCCCUUCUUCACCUCUGAGAAAACAAGAAUUAGAAAAUUUAAGGUGCUCCAUCCUCGCCUGCAGUGCAUACGUUGCUCUGGCCCUCGGUGAUAACCUUAUGGCUUUGAAUCACGCAGAUAAACUUCUUCAGCAGCCAAAACUGUCAGGAUCUCUUAAGUUUCUGGGCCACUUAUAUGCUGCAGAAGCUCUCAUCUCUCUAGACAGAAUCUCCGACGCCAUUACUCACUUGAACCCUGAGAACGUCACAGAUGUCUCUCUCGGAAUCUCUUCAAACGAGCAGGAUCAAGGAUCUGACAAAGGGGAAAAUGAAGCCAUGGAGUCUUCUGGCAAGCAAACCCCUCAAUGCUACCCAAGUUCUGUCACUUCUGCACGAACAAUGAUGUUGUUUAAUCUUGGGAGUGCUUAUUGUUUGAGAAGUGAAUACGAAAAGGCUCGCAAGUGUCUCCACCAGGCGGCUUCAAUGAUCCAUCCCAAAGAGAUUCCACCUGAGGCUAUCCUUCUGGCUGUGUAUCUUGAACUACAGAAUGGUAAUACACCACUGGCCUUGCAGAUCAUCAAAAGGAAUCAGCUUCUCCCUGCAGUGAAAACGCUUGCUGAAAUGCGAAAGAAACCAGUAUUUCAGCCCGUCCACCCCAUCCAGCCCAUCCAGAUGCCAGCUUUUACUACUGUGCAAAGGAAAUGACACUAUGUUUUGUGGAGAACUGCUGCUACCCAACACCUGAUGGGAUUUUGCCAUUUUUUCCAGCUGGUCUGUGGCAAACUGAAUAAAAGAUAUUGGGGUGCA